AUGAGCCUUCACGAUGCUCCAAUGACACUUCUAAAUUAUUUCUAUAUUGCUGCGUGCCGUUGCCCAAAUCCACAAAUAUUAUCCUGGCCUCUAAUUCUAUCAACUGCUGCCUGCACAGUUUCUCUGAUCUGGAGACUUACAGUAUUAUAUUUCUCAUAUAAGUAAGAUAGAUUUCAAGCUUCAAGUCUUCAAAAUAUUAUUUUUUAGAAGAAUGGUGUGCGCUAAACCUAUCCCACCAAAGAAAACACUAACCGGUGUUGCUGUCAACACCCCAUUAAGAAAACAUUUCCAAAUGGCGAUUGAUACAAGUAACGCGUCGAAUGGUGGUAGACUUUUGGAGUUCGAUGAAACUUGGCCGAUUCGAUGGGCACGAUUAAGAACUCUUGGACCACACCCAGAUGUUAUAGUUGUAGAUCCAGAGACUAACGGAGAUGUCAAAUCGAAACCGAAAUCAAAAGCAAAGCCGAAAGUUAGAGAGAAAAAUAGUUGUGGAAAAUGGAUCAGACGAUUUGAAAAAUUCCGCGCCAAUUUUGACGUGAGUAUAUCACCAUGUUUAUUUUUCAAAUUUUAUCCUAAUUCCGUUUCAGAUCUUCUCAAUAAUUCGCAAUAUAAUUGGAUAUUCAUGCUGGUUUAUAGUCUCCAUCCUAACCUAUAUGAGCUGCUCAUUGGUCUUAUGGCUCCCAUGUUUAUAUCAUUAUACAUGCAGGCAUAACAGUUUUUAUCAUCGGCAUAAAUUAUGCAGAUCUUUUAUCAAGUGAGUUAUUUUUUUUAUUUUUAUUCUUACUGAUUUUUUCAGGUAUUUUUCUGUCACAUUUCAUUACACAAUAUUCUACCUCUCAUUAUUAUUCUCUGUUGUUUUGAUUGGAUUAAACCUAACUCUUCUAUCAUCAGUUCAUGGGUUAGGAUCAAACAAUCUUCCACCAGAAGUUGAUCGAAUAUGCGUCACAGUUUCACCAACUUCAAAAACAAUUUAUACAAAUAUUCUUCCAGCUUCAGCAUUUGAAAGAGAAAUUGUUUUGCAUAAACAAUUGAAUCAGUAAGCUUUAGGUUUUGUUUCAAGUGAAUAACAUGGCCCUAAUUUUUUUUUUUUAGAAAGUAUGGUGAAAAUGAUACAAGUAUUGUGACAGAAUGUAAACCUUUAUGGACAGCUGGAAGACUUGGAGUUGGAUUUACUAGAAGUAACACAGGACCUUGGCAAAUGAGAACACCGAUAAAUGGGCAUAUGCUAGCUGUUUCCACGCUGAUCACUUUUAAUACUACCGAUCGAACAAAUCCCUCUCUACGUCUAGACUAUACACACUCUUUAUAUCUUCGAAGUGAAUAUAAAAGUGAUGUUAGAUUUACCUGUACAAGGAAUACUGAAUGGUAAUAUUUUUUUGAAGAUCAAUUUUUGGAAGAUCAAUUCAGUUUUUGUAUUCCAGGAAAAUCAUUCCAUCGGUGGCUCAAUUGUCCUGGCCAUAUUUCUCAGCUUGUCAACAAAAUUGGAAAUUUAACGAGAAACCUGAAUUAAUAAAAUGUGGACCGAUAUUUAGAAGAAAGCAUGUGUAA